AAAGAUGGCUUCCUCUUUACUGAAGGUUGCAGUUACAGGGCUAUCGAGGUGUGCCUGGCACACUUUACCCCCAGUGAGGGCUCUGUCUCUGACUUGUCCCGUCAGUCAAGGUGUCCCUCAGUCAUUGUGGAAGUUGGGCAGGCUGAAUCACGUGGCUAUCGCAGUGCCAGACCUGGAGAAAGCCACAGCCCUGUACCGUGAUGUGCUGGGGGCUCAAGUGAGCGACACUGUGCCUCUCCCUGAGCAUGGGGUGUACACUGUGUUUGUGGAACUGGGCAACACUAAACUAGAGCUUCUGCACCCACUGGGAGAGAAAAGUCCUAUUGCAGGAUUCCUGCAGAAGAACAAAGCUGGAGGGAUGCAUCAUAUCUGCAUUGAGGUGGAUGAUAUCAAUGCAGCAAUAGUUGAUUUGAAGGAAAAGAAAAUCCGCCUGCUCUCCCCAGAGCCACGGAUAGGAGCUCAUGGCAAACCUGUGAUGUUCCUCCACCCUAAAGACUGUGAUGGGGUACUUGUUGAGAUAGAACAGGCCUAGAUAAUAAACACUGAUAUUCCUGUCUUGCAAACCAGUGACUUUGAUUAGACUGUUGAGUUCUACAGCUUAAUGUAUUAAGUGAUAUAUGCAAAGAUUUUCAGACAAUUCCAGAACCUAUCAUUGUAACCUGUUACGGUGUAUUUGACAUUUAUGAUAAUUAUGUAUUUAUUCCUAACUGAUGAUUUUCUUCAAUGACUUGAAUAAAUGGUUAAUUUCAUAAUUUAAAAGAGUAAUUUAGUGUGUAACAUUUAGAAAUAAUAUUUGUAUUUACGCUUGGGGGGGGGGGGGGGGGUUGGGGGGGGUGCAAUAUAUGUUUUAGAUAAAAAAAACCCCACUAUUUACUGUCAGAACAAAGAAACAAGCUAAAUGAAAUCCAUUUUAAUUACUAUAAAAACAGCAGAUAAACUUAGCCAAGUUUAUUAAUGUGAAUUAAAAUCCUAGCAAGCUUCUCAUCUGACUCUCAAUGGAGUAGACAGAUUGAAGCUUUCUUUUUAGUUUUUUGGCUGACAUCCAUGUAUUUGGGAGGCAAGCUGGCUCAUACCCAUUCCUCCACCAUAGACAGCCCUCUGCCAAAUAGAAAGUUAUUUUUGUUUGUACGCCUUAAAUCUUCUUUAUAAAAGAGAUAACUAGAGGAGUGGUAUUGGGAACUGAUGUUUUGGGGCUUCUAGUUUUGUCACUAUCCUCUCAGAGGUUUUGCUUGAACAUUGCGUCUGCAGAACCGUUAGAAUAAUUUUCAGUUUUAAGCUGUUUUUGACAUUUUAAUUUAUUUGGCAGUCUGAAUAGACACAGAAAUCUUUCCAGGAAAAUUCACACUGAGUCUGUCACAGUUUUUUUUAAUAUCUUCUCUUUUCGUCUGUGCUAGACUGCAACUUGGGAUAGAUCUGUCCAUCUGUAUUGCAAGCAUAUAUUAUUAAAUCUUUAAAUAUUUUAAAUAAAGGCAUUAUAUUUUA